AGACAGAGAUAAUAAUAAUAAUAAUAAUAAAAAUGAUAAAAAGAAAAAGUGAAUUUAAAGUAUAAAUAGAAGUGCACAAUAGGACAAUAUAUAUAUAUAUAUAUAUAUAUAUAUAUAUAUAUAUAUAUAUAUAUAUAUAUAUAUAUACGCAGCAAAAAAAGAAACGUCCCUUUUUCAGGACACUAUAUUUUAAAGAUUAUUUGGUCAAAAUCCAAAUAACUUUACAGAUCUUUAUUGUAAAGGGUUUAAACAAUGUUUUCCAUGCUUGUUCAAUGAACCAUAAACAAUUAAUGAACAUGCACCUGUUGAAUAUUCGUUAAGACACUAACAGCUUACAGAUGAUAGGGAAUUAAGGUCACAGUUAUAAAAACUUAGGACACUAAAGAGACCUUUCUACUGACUCUGAAAAACACCAAAAGAAAGAUGCCCAGGGUCCCUGCUCAUCUGUGUGAACGUGCCUUAGGCAUGCUGCAUGGAGGCAUGAGGACUGCAGAUGUGGCUAGGGCAAUAAAUUGCAAUGUCCGUACUGUGAGACGCCUAAGACAGCACUACAGGGAGACAGGAAGGACAGCUGAUCGUCCUCGCAGUGGCAGACCACGUGUAACAACACCUGAACAGGAUCGGUACAUCCGAAUAUCACACCUGCGGGACAGGUACAAGAUGGCAACAACAACUGUCCGAGAUACACCAGGAAUGCACAAUCCCUCCAUCGGUGCUCAGACUGUCUGCAAUAGGCUGAGAGAGGCUGGACUGAGGGUUUGUAGGCCUGUUGUAAGGCAUCACCGGUAACAACGUCGCCUAUGGGCACAAACCCACCUUUGCUGGACCAGACAGGACUGGCAAAAAGUGCUCUUCACUGACGAGUUGCGGUUUUGUCUCACCAGGGGUGAUGGUCGGACUCACGUUUAUCAUCAAAGGAAUAAGCGUUACACAGAGGCCUGUACUCUGGAGUGGGAUCGAUUUGGAGGUGGAGGGUCUGUCAUGGUCUGGGGCGGUGUGUCACAGCAUCAUCGGACUGAGCUUGUUGUCAUUGCAGGCAAUCUCAACACUGUGUGUUACAGGGAAGACAUCCUCCUCCCUCAUGUGGUACCCUCCCUGCAGGCUCAUCCUGACUUGACCCUCCAGCAUGACAAUGCCACCAGCCAUACUGCUCGUUCUGUGUGUGAUUUCCAGCAAGACAGGAAUGUCAGUGUUCUGCCAUGGCCAGCGAGGAGCCCGGAUCAUUGAGCACGUCUGGGACCUGCUGGAUCGGAGGGUGAGGGCUAGGGCAAUUCCCUCCAUAAAUGUCCGGGAACUUUUGUAUAAACAGUUAUGCCUGCUCAGCCUGCUGCAAGAGAAUCAGAGGAGGAGAUGGAGGCAGACCCUGAGGUUCCUCAGAUCAAUGAUGAGAUGGAGGAGGAACGGGAGAGAGAGGGAGGAGAUGAAGAGGAGACGAUGGAGGAGAGUGGAGAGGAGUGGGAGAGUGACCUGGAGGAGAGUGUGGCAGAGGAGGAGGAGGAAGAAGAUGAAGAGAGUUCAGAAAUGGACAAUGAAGUUUGUGAGAGAAGACGAUCACAGUGCCUGGACGAAAUGUCUGACCUAGAAAAACAAUUCCUGCAGAAAAAGAAAAGGCUUUUUCAAGAACGUCUGAACCAGGUGAAAAUGAAAUUGGAUGAGGUUUUGACUGGAAAGGCAGGAGAGUACAGAGAACCUCUGGCAACACUACAACAGAACCUGAAGGAGAGAACACAAUUGGCUGGGGUGUACAGGGAACUUGAUCUGCAGGUGGUCAGACACAAACAUGAAUGUGAGGUGCAGGGGGAAAGACAACAUCUAGAGAGUGAAAGGACACUCUUGUUUGAUGCCAUAAAAACAGAACUACUUGAGAAGAUCUGGAAACUGGAGGAGGACAAGCAGAGCAUAGACAUCACCUCGGGAAAACAGUGGUGGAAUGAUGAAGUGCAGAUGAAGAAGUGUAAGAGUAGUUACCUGAUUCACCCAGACAGGAAGAAGGCGGCUCUUGUGUCAGGGCCGUACAUAGUGUAUAUGCUAAGAGACACUGAUAUACUGGAAGACUGGAUGGCCAUCAAGAAGGCCAAAGCAGCACUGAUACCCCUGAAGAAGAAGGCAGACAUUGGCCAAGGUUGCAGAAGUGAAUCAUCGGAGUCAGGAAGAUCCUUUCAAAGGACCCCUCUGUCAAGCUCCUGAAGUUUGCAGACAACACCAUAGUCAUCAGCCUCAUCCACGACCAUGACGAGUCUGCAUAUAGACGGGAGGUUGAACAGCUGGCUGUCUGGUGCAGUCACAACAACCUUGAGCUGAACACACUCAGAAAAGUGGAGAUGAUUAUGGACUUCAGGAGAAAUCCCCCUGCAACCCCCCCAUCUAUGCCUGGCAUAUAUCUUAUGUCUGGCACCAACAAUCAUCCAUGCGAUUAUCUAAUCAGCCAGUCAUGUGGCAGUAUUGCAUAAAAUCAAGCAGAUACAGGUCAGGAGCUUCAGUUAAUGGUCUCAUCAACCAUCAGAAUAGGGGAAAAAUGUAAUCUCAGUGAUUUGGACCGUGGCAUGAUUGUUGGUGCCAGAUGGGCUGGUUUGAGUAUUUCUGUAACUUCUGAUCUCCUGGGAUUUUCAUGCACAACAGUCUCUAGAAUUUACUCCGAAUGGUGCCAAAAACAAAAAACAUCCAAUGAGGGGCAGUUCUGCGGCCUGAAAUCCCUUGUUGAUAAGAGAGGUCAACAAAGAAUGGCCAGACUGUUUCAAACUGACAAAGUCUACGGUAACUCAGAUAACCGCUCUGUACAAUUGUGGUAAGAAGAAUAUCAUCUCAUAAUGCUAUUCUGAGUUACGGGUUGGCGCUGUUUUGGCGGCAUGAGGGGGACCUACACAAUAUUAGGCAGGUGGUUUAUGUUGUGGCUGAUCGGUGUAUAAUGACAUUAAAACAUUUUUACUAUAGUGCACGACUUGUAAAGCGCUACAUGUUUGCAUUGCAUAACCAACUUCAUAAGCUUGUUUGAGUGUGAUCUAACUGUGCAGUAGCUUAACUGAUAACACAAAUCACAUUUGUUUUUUAUGAUACUAUGGAUUAGGUUUAAGUUUAAGGUGGUUUUGAUUUUAAACUAGAUAGAGCAUUGACAUUAAAAAUCUCAUCUGUUUGAGAGACAUUUAACUCACUUUUAGCACCACUCAGGGGACACAUUACAUUUCACCUCAGAACUGCCUCGAUACGAGCAAGGAGUCACAUAAUAUAGUUUUGCAAAAAUGUUACCACAGUCAUGUUAUUUUCAUGAGAUCUCGCUCCUUAAAUAUGAUGUCUGAAAGAUCAAACCAUUAUUUUUAAAGGGAAGAUGCAUUUUAGAGACAAAAAUAAAACUUCAUAGUGCAAGCAGUGAAAGUAAAAUUCUGGUAGAAAUUUGAUAUAGAAUUGUAUUUUAAAUAGUCCAUUAAAAUGUACAGUAAAGGUGAUUGAUGGGGACAUGCAAACUGGCU